GCGGUUCCAGCGCACUCCCCGGUGGUGCGGGGCCUGAGCCUCUCGGCUGGCGCAAGGCUCCGCCGCUCGCGCUCCGGCUCGACCCCGCCCGCUCCCGCCAAGAUGUCCGCCGCUGUGGAGCGGGAGUUUGAGGAGCUGGAUACGCAGAAUCGUUGGCAGCAGCUCUACUUGGAAAUUCGCAACGAAUCCCAUGAUUAUCCUCAUAGAGUGGCCAAGUUUCCAGAAAACAGGAAUCGAAACAGAUACAGAGAUGUAAGCCCAUAUGAUCACAGCCGUGUUAAAUUGCAAAAUGCUGAAAAUGAUUAUAUAAAUGCCAGCUUAGUUGACAUAGAAGAGGCGCAAAGGAGUUACAUCUUAACACAGGGCCCACUUCCUAAUACAGGUUGUCAUUUUUGGCUGAUGGUUUGGCAGCAGAAAACCAAAGCAGUUGUCAUGCUAAACCGAGUUGUGGAGAAAGAAUCAGUUAAAUGUGCACAGUACUGGCCAACAAAAGACGACCACGAGAUGCUGUUUAAAGAAACAGGAUUCAGUGUGAAGUUUUUGUCAGAAGAUGUGAAGUCAUAUUAUACAGUACAUCUACUGCGAUUAGAAAAUAUCAAUACCUGCGAAACCAGAACAAUAUCACACUUUCAUUACACUACCUGGCCAGAUUUUGGAGUCCCUGAAUCACCAGCUUCAUUUCUCAAUUUCUUAUUUAAAGUAAGAGAAUCUGGUUCCUUGAAUCCUGAGCAUGGGCCUGCAGUGAUCCACUGUAGUGCAGGCAUUGGACGGUCAGGCACCUUUUCUCUGGUAGAUACCUGUCUUGUUCUGAUGGAAAAAAGAAAUGAUAUUAACAUUAAACAACUGUUACUGAAUAUGAGAAAAUACCGAAUGGGACUUAUUCAGACACCAGAUCAACUCAGAUUUUCUUAUCUGACAAUAAUAGAAGGUGCAAAAAUUUUAAAGGGAGAUUCAAGUAUACAGGAACAGUGGAAAGAACUCUCUAAAGAAGACUUAUUUCCUGCUUUUGAUCAUUCACCAACAAAAAUAAUGACUGAGAAAUACAAUGGAAACAGAAUAGACCUAGAAGAAGAAAAACUGACAGAUGACAGAUACACAGGACUAUCCUCUAAAAUGCAAGAUUCUGUGGAGGAAAACAGUGAGAGUGUUCUACGAAAACGUUUUCGAGAGGACAGAAAAGCUAACACAGCUCAGAAAGUUCAGCAGAUGAAACAGAGGCUAAAUGAGACUGAACGAAAAAGAAAAAGGCCAAGACUGACAGACACCUAACUAUUCAUGACUUGAGAAUAUUCUGCAGCUAUAAAUUUUGAACCAUUGAUGUGCAAAGCAAGAUCUGAAGUCCACUCCGGAAACUAAAGUGAGGUUUUGAUAAGCCUGUAGAUGGCCUCACAUUUGUCUGUUUACAAAGUAAACUUUACAUCCAGGGAAUGAAGAGCACCACCAGCAGAAGACUUUGCAGACUCUCUAAUUUGAAGUAUUGUUAAGUUUUUAAUGUGUGUAUGAAAUGUAGAAAGAAUGUAAAAGAAGUAAAUUAGGAGAGACUACUUUGCAUUGUACUGCCAUUCCUACUGUAUUUUUAUACUUUUGGCAGCAUUAAAUAUUUUUAUGAAAUA